CAGAAAAGCCGUUCGCGUAUUCACUCACGCAGCAACAGAUUCGGCAAGAGGCUUCAGGCAUGGGUCAACAUGUAAUAGAGAGGUCUGCCAGUUGUGUUAGUAUACGCGCGCAUCAGGAAGCCCAUUCAGAAGAUUAUUUGCUCCUCACACCGAAGGAGUCGUGCAAAAUCGCUGGUCAUGUCUGAGCGAUCGCGCCUGGUGGGGAAGUUCGGCCAUCAACAUCGUCACGAAGAUGAUAGCACGAGCUGUGGCUCGCGAGCUCCUGGAAUCGACGGUGUUCCACGCGACUGCGAACAAGCGCAAGCAGCAGCUUUGUCCCUCCGUCGCCGUCUUCAAACAGUCCUCUUUCACACACUGCGUCAACCUAGGAUGAUGGCCCUUUGGAAGGACCCGAAGGUGGCAUCUGCCACUGGGGACGGAAGUCGGUCGCCAUCUUCGGCCGCCGAGGAUUUGCUGAAGAAGCCACAGUCAGGGCAGGAGGAAAAGAGCCAUUCCAGCUAUGCAAAGAAACAAAGCUCGCCGAGUCGAUCGCGCCACCGCCGCCGCAAGUCCAAGGAUAGGCAGCACGAGGAACUGUUGCUGCAUGACGCCGGCGGCGCGGAUGGUACAUCGAAACUGGAGAGCACCGCCUUGCCGGUGCUCCUACCGGUUACGCACUUCGGCAAGGACAAGAACAAGCCGAUGAUGAUGGCAUUCGGCACGUGCAUGAUGGGCGUCGGGACGCUCACCAUGGCGUUGCCGUACUUCGUGGGGCCGCCGUACUCGUUCAGCCAGCCGAGGCCCGACACCUGCGAGCUGGCGGCGAGCAACACGGCCAACGACAGCGUCCCCGAGUGCGAUCCCGGCGCGGGUGACCUGCGCGAGUACAAGUGGUUCUUUUGGAUCGGCAAUUUCAUUAACGGCAUCGGCACGGCACCCUACUUCACGCUGGGCAUCGCCUACUUGGACGAGAACUUCCGACGAUCAGUGUCCUCCAAGUACAUCGCCGCUUUUCAAGCGAGUGCCGUUGUGGGGCCGGCCACUGGAUUCGUCGUCAACGGGCACUUCUUGAAGUACUACGUCGACCAAGGCGUCAACCCAACGCUGCUCGGGCUGACGCGCGAGAGCACCGCGUGGGUUGGUGCCUGGUGGCUGAGCUUUCUCUACGCAGGGCUCUUGUGCUUCGCUAUCGCCUUGCCCGUUAGUUUCCUGCCGGCGGAGCUACCAGAUCACGCUAUCGUCAUGGCAGAAAAGAAGCUUGACGACCAGGAGAAGCCCCUGGGCCAAUCGCAAGGAAACCUGCAGGAAACAGUGCUGUCUUUGUUGAGCAUAAAGCCGUUCGUCCUUGUUUGCUUUGCCGGGUCCGCGGAGCUGAUGGUUGCAAGCGGCCUGUCUUCAUUUCUGGUGAAGAUGCUACAAGCGCAGUUUAGCAUGACCGCGUCCACGGCUUCAAUGAUUAUGGGCUCCGUGACCAUACCGACGGCCAUGGUGGGAGUCAUGUUAGGAGGCAUGGUAAUUUCUCGCUUCCAGCUGGGCGCCGCGGGCAUCGUGCGCCUUUGCGUGCUCGUGCUCCUCGUGCCCAUCGUUCUGGUCUCGGUGCUGCUAUUCCAUUGCGACAACAUUCCCUACCGGAACCUCCAGUACGAAGUCGGAGUUGCAGGUGUGGCGAGCGUGAACGUCCUCCUCUCUGGACCCGGAACCCGGGAGUCGUUGCAACAGCCGCUGCAGCUGCACCACGACACGCUUCAAUCCCAUCUGCGGUCGCGACGGCUACACCUACUACUCGCCGUGCUUUGCCGGUUGCCUGCGCGAGUACGCCACGGCGAACAGCAGGCGUACUCGCAGUGCCUGUGCGUGAAUCAGACUGCGUCGGCGCCUUUCCUGGCACGAGGGGGCGACGCAGCCAGUGGCCACGGGAGCAAUGCAGGCCCGUUCGGCACAGUGCCGGGCACCACGGUCUCCAUCGACGCUGUGCGAAACAAGUGCCCCAACCCGUGUGGCCUGGUCAACGUCUUCAUACCCAUCCUGGCCGCCAUCGUGUUCGCCACUUUCUUCCUGAGCACGCCUGCCGUCGCGGCCAUUCUCAGGUGCAUUCCUGAGAAAUACAAGUCCGUUGGCCUCGGAAUUCAAUGGAUCAUUGUGCGGGCUUUCGGGUUAAUACCCGCGGGCGCCGCAUUCGGGCACACCAUCGACGCAAGCUGCGUGCUGUGGGAGGAGCCGUGUGGUUCGUCGCAGGGCGCAUGCGCCAUCUACGACAACAUGCUGCUCAACCGCAACGUCUACUUCCUCAUCCUGGCGCUGAAGAUGGCCUCGUUCCUCUGCUUCGGACUGGCGCUCUACUUCCUCCACGAGGCGCCGCCGCCGCCCGUGUCCGUAGCCGCCUUGCCCGACUGACUCUUGCGCGUGAUCAGCGCGCCCGACGGGGCUUUAAGAACGUUGCGGCAACAAACAAAUAUUUUUAUCUCGUUUAUUAGUUCUUGAAACCUUGACGACAGCCACCACUGUAGUCUAGUGGUUAUGAUGCUCAACUGAUCACGCGAGUGAAGCCCGGACGUGG